ACGCAGCACGAGCCAGCCCCUGUUUACAAGCUUUGUCAGCAGUGUUCCUGCAGAGGAUCUGAUGUCGAUCAACUGCUGGCGAACAGGACCUUGGACCUUUACCUCACUGACAUUAUUAUAUUAUCAGCACUUUACUAUCUAGCAGCUUUUUUUUUUCUAGGCACAGCCUUUUGCGGACUUUGCACAGAGGUGUGGUGUAGGCAAGCGGGUACACAGGGUGUUUUUUGUGUGCUUUUUUUCACCGGAAAGAUGACGUUAAAAUCCAAUAAAAACGAACCGGCUGUCAUAUUGGAGCCUGUGAACUCUGUCCGGACAGCCCUCUCAGAUCUCUACCUGGAGCAGCUCAUUCAAAACAAACCAAAGUCUGACAAGCAGGUAGCUAUGCAAUCCCUGGAGAGUAAGGGGGCUGACGUUUACACCAAUGGAAGUGCCAAAUACAGGAAUGGGACCGAACUAACCAAGAUGAAAGAAGUCGUGUUUGAAAAGAAUCCUUCUGAGCCGAUGGGGGUCACUCUGAAAAUGAAUGACAAACAAAGGUGCACAGUGGCCAGAAUAUUGCACGGGGGCUUGAUACACAGACAAGGAUCCUUGCAUGAAGGCGACGAGAUAGCUGAAAUCAAUGGGAAAAGUGUGACUAAUCAAACAGUAGAUCAGCUACAAAAGACUCUGAAAGAAACCAAUGGAUUAGUCACAAUGAAGAUUCUUUCCAACCAGAAGAGUAGAUCCAAAGCCUGUGAGACAUACAUGAGGGCCCAGUUCAACUAUGACCCCUGCAUGGAUGAUCUCAUCCCAUGCAAAGAGGCAGGGCUGCGUUUUCAAACUGGCGACAUCAUCCAAAUCAUCAACAAGCAGGAUCCCAACUGGUGGCAGGGCACUGUGGAGAGCAGUGCUAGUAACUUUGCUGGACUGAUACCAUCGCCAGAACUCCAAGAAUGGAGGGUGGCAAGUAAAAGCAAUGCCAAGGAGGGCAGUCAGUCCUGGAGCCCAUUUGGAAAGAAAAAGAAGUGCAAAGACAAGUACCUGGCUAAGCACAGCUCAAUUUUUGACCAGCUGGAUGUCAUUUCUUACGAGGAAGUUGUCCAGCUCCCUGCUUUUAAACGAAAAACUUUAGUGCUCAUUGGUGCUCCUGGUGUAGGGAGGAGCCACAUCAAAAAUGUACUGUUGACCAAAUACCCUGAGAAAUUCUCCUAUCCAUUACCGCACACCACCAGAGUUCAGCGUAAGGAUGAGGAGAAUGGACAGGAAUAUUAUUUCAUCUCCAACGAAGUCAUGAGCAAGGGCAUCUCCAACAAUGAGCUGCUGGAGUACGGCAGCUUUCAGGGAAAUAUGUUUGGUACCAAAAUUGAGACCAUUCAUACGAUAUAUGAGCAGGGGAAAAUCGCGCUGCUGGACAUAGAACCACAGACAUUGAAGGUCUUGCGAACUGCGGAUUUUGCUCCUCUUGUGGUGUUCAUCGCGCCCACCAACACAGCUACCCAGACGGAAAACCUGCAGAUGAUCCAAAAGGAGUCAGAUGCCAUUCUGACGGCAUACAGACACGUCUUUGACGUGAUCAUUGUCAACAAUGACGUGGAGGAAAGCGUGAAGGGCGUGGAGGAGGCCCUGGAGCAGGCCACCUCCACCCCACAGUGGGUGCCUGUCUCGUGGGUGUACUGAUAGAUAACCAAUACCAGCGUGGUAUCUUAUUUGUUUUAUUCUGGAAGCAGUGCAAUAUCACUCCUCACACAAAACCUCUGAGUUGAUGAUGUCCCAAGCGUGUAUGGGUUUAUUUUUUGUUAAAGUAAAUUUUCAAAGAUGUUUUGCAUGUGUGCAUUAUAUACGGUAUAUAUAUAUCCAAAAAGCAAUAUUUAGAAAGAUUUAUAUCAGAAAGAUGAGUACCGUCCCCAGGGAUUUAUUAUGUGGUUGGUCAGUUAUUUGUGCGUAAGGCUUUUAAGGGGGAUAAUUGAUAGUUUUGGUGCCAUCCAACUUUGUGAUUGUUGUAGUGUGAGUACAUGCAAAAUACUGUCGGACCGCAACUGUGAAUGAAAUCCUCCCUUUCAAAUUAUAGGAUUUUAUUGAUACGUCACCAUGUAAUUAUCUCUUGAGUUAUUAGAGCAGGACUCGGAAUCGAGAUUGUUAAAAUGUUUGUCGAACAGCACAUGUAACUUUCUUAGUAAAACCUAUUCAGUCAGUCGCCUGUCACAACUUAAAUUGUUUACAUUGUAAGCAGUUUAAAGGCACUUUGACAAAUAUAUUAAAUUUCCCAGCUCUGUU